GGCAAGUAUCAUUACUAGACACUGGAGAGGGAGUAGAUUGAUAGUGAUUCUUAGUUGCAAAGUAAAAGAUAUGACGAGACGAGUAUCUUUUUCAAUGUGUAGCUAAGGGUAGAAGCAAUGAAGAUGAUGUCUUGAAUAAAGUCAUCAAGGUAUCAACUUUAAAACAGAACAACCUGCUUACUGAGAAAUUUAACGGUUCCAUUUUCCUCUUGAUGAUGUGCACCUGCAGGGCCGGCGUGCUCCUGUGAAUUGGAUUCAUUUCUCUUCACCCUCCCGGUUGUUGAGGAGCGAGGAAUUGGUUGCAAGUAGUCUCGUCUUUUUCCAUUCAGUUCCACUUGCGAGCUAUCAAAAAAUCACCCCAUCGUUGUUGACGCUGUGGCCACGGGUCCGGGUGAAACGCGCGCAACGAGAUGUCUGAGCCUGUGCCAGUGCCGGAAGAAGAGCAGGCAAUGCUGCCGAACCCUUUGCAGGUUUCGGACGAAGCGGAGACGGAGAGCCUGCGGCGACGCGUGCGGAGCACCAAGAUCGACAUCGACGACGAAGAAGAUGCGGGUGAUCACGUUGCGAGAGAAGUUUCUAGUGGUUCAGCAUCCCGCACAGGGGCUGAGAAGUCCCGCGGCGCGCGUCCACGGGCGUCAUCUUUUCACUUCUCUUCGGAUAUCACACAGAAAAAAACUGGCAGGUCAUGUUUGUAAUGCAAAAAUAAAUAGACAGAAACAUUUGUAUUGCGUAUCCUAAAUAGCAUGCUAUGAGGCCGCCCAUGACAGAUCUCUCUGUGUAUUUAUGGUCCCUCAGGGCAUUGCCCCGUUGCUCGCUCUUGGCGGGAGGUGGUUGAGCUUUCUUCGGGAAGAGUUGCCGGAGUUGAAUUGGCUCUUGCCUUUUCAUUUGUGAAAUCGAGGGCAGCGGUUGGCAGAGGUUGUGCGGGAUAUUCAGUUUUUGUUCAACAAAAACUGAAUAUCCCGCACAACCUCUGUGCGGGAUAUUACCCGGGACAUUUGUGUUCCUUACCCACUUUCUCAUUUCCUGGUUGACCAGUUGGUAUGGUCGACUAUAGGUGCCACCCUCGUUUCUCACCUCCAGGGGUCCUGGGCACCUCACCAUUGAUGUUUCACUUGGUGGAAGAUGACAGGGCUCUACGAGCUAUUAGGGGUGUCUAUUGUCUAUUUAUUUUUGCAUUACAAAUAUGCCCUGCCAGCUUUUUUCUGUGGGAUAUCGGAACGGCCAACCAAGCUCAACUCUGCCAGGGGUCUCGGCUCGCAAGACGAUGAUUUCGGUGACUAUCUCGAGGUGAAAUGGGACGACCCGCACUUCAACUUUUUCUACCUGAGCACACGCAAAGACCAAGAGCCGGGGUGGACCCUCAAGCCUCCCGUGCUGAUGCUGCUCCUCGUGUUCUGCAUUGGCGCUGGAAUCGGGGUGAUCAACUUAUCCGAGAUGAAAUUUUCACUACAGCCCCCAAAAAUUUGUACUGUUUUUUGGUCUAUCAAUGAAUGGAGCAGUAUACUAUCUAUUUACGCAUGAAUCUUCGUAUGCGCAUUUACAUUUUUUGACAAAUUGAGAUCGAAAGGGCGAGGGUGAAGAUUUUAGCCAGGACACAUUUGGGCCCUGCACCAGUGGGUGCACUUUGUGCAACACUUCUGGAUGCACGACGUUCUCAAGAGUUACACGUAUACGCCGGCCGUUGAGAACGAGACCGACUCGCGCCCGAGCGCCUUCACCUAUGCGGCUAUCUUCUUUGGCCUGAUCGCGUCGGCGGUGAUCUGCGGUGUGCUGACGCGGUACGUGGAACCGGAGUGUGCCGGCGGCGGAAGUUUGGCGAUCAAAGCGGCUAUCGCGUACAAUCAGCCCGUGACGCUCCGAGCGGGAAUCAUUCGCUUCGUCCUCACGGGGAUCUACCUCGGCUUCCUGAACCCGCUUGGUGUCGAGGCACCUACACUGCAGGUGGUUGCUGCCUGGGGCUGUUUCGUGUACCAGCUGUUCGGCUCCGUGUUUGGCAGCCACUGGUUCCCCGACAAGCAUCUGCACCUGGUCAUUGUGUGCACCGUCGGUGCCGGCGCUGCAGCAGCCUUCAACUGUCCCAUUGGAGGAGUGCUCUACGCCAUCGAGGAAUAUCGAAAUAUCGUGGCCCAGAGCCCGCAGCGCACGUUGGUGGUGCUCACCAUUUCCGUGGUCGCCGUGCAGUACAGUCGUCAGAUUCUCGGAUCGGCGUUUUUCUUCCAGAAUUUCAAUCUUGUCGACAUGGGGCUACAGGCGUGGAUGCUUCUCUGCUUUCCUUUCGGUUGCCUUCUCGGCGGUCUUGGUGUUUUCUUUCAGAAGCUCACGCUUACGUUUCGGGCGAUGAUUCUAUCCAGGAAAAAACACCCAUCCCCAUCCAUUUUUUGCAUGACAAACAGUGCAAAUUAUGCAUGUUUUGCAUGACAAAUUGGAUGGGGAUGGGUGUUUUUUCCUGGAUAGAUUCUUCGCCGGCAGCAGAAGAGCGAGAAGAUGGCUCGAAUUGGCAUCUUCGCGAAAGGCUUCAUGGCAGCACUGGUGUCCUUCGCUGUAGGAGGGUUGUCGUGUUUCCUGACCGAGGCUUUCAUGAACAAGCAUGCAAACACGACACAGCAGAAUGGUUUUGCCGUCUGGGGAACGAGUACUAUUUGUUCUUUCCUCAUUCCUUACUAAUAGCACGUCGUGGAUACUUGCCAAUAGCAGGUUGUGGUGAAGACGUUGCAAUCACAUUCUGAGAAUGUGACUCCCUAAACUUAGCUAGAAUGAUCCACCUGUUCCACCUAUGCAAGAACGUUGCAUACAACGCAUACCUAAAGAACUUAUUGCAUCACAGGUAAAGGUGCGCUGGAGUGGUUUGUGUCUACGACUUGGGCACAAUUUCCGCGUGGUUAUUUUUGGUUUGUGAUCGCAGUAUUCACGUUCCUGAAAGUCACAGUGGUGUCCUUCUCUGUGGCGGCUGGCGGCAACGGUGGCAUCUUCGCUCCAACGUUGGUCAUUGGCGGUCUCGCUGGCCUGGCCUUUGCGUUGCUCAUCGGCGACACCUUCGGAUGCAGCAAUCCGCCCUUUCUCUCAAGCACGCUCGGCACCGCGACCGCACUGGACGACGGCAACGCAGCAACUGUGGACGUGCUCUUUCAGAAGCCGUUGGACGAAGUCGCACUUCACGGGGGCAAAGCGGGAAUGCUUUCGACUGUCUCGUCAUCAUCUUCAUCCGACAUCAGCAUGAUUACCACCUCGACGACCACAACCUCCGCGCUUACCCAGGGCGAGCAGCUACAAGCAAGCAAGCUCGGUUCCUCAACAGCAGAGGAGAUUGUGAAUUAUUCCGCAUCGGAGUACUACGCGAAAACCCACAAGUAUCUGCCGUGGCCGCGGGAGCUCCGCAUAUUUCCGGUUCUCGGCAUGGCUGGACUCUUUUCCGCUGUCAUCUUAUGAAAGUGCCAGGUGGGAAAUCGCCUCCAAAAGGCAUCGAUUUCGAUACGACACAAUUAAUGUCAUCACAUCGAAGAAAGUUUCACGACUUCUCAGAGUCGCAACACACACUGAUUCCCGUCUAUAAUCCAUGGUGCGUUCGUUUACAAGCACGAAAUUUUUUGCAUUCCCAAUUUCUUUCGUGCAACAGCAAAGGUGCUUUAUAUUUAUUCAUCUUCGUCCAUUUUCUUCAAGAUUUCCCGACCGACGCUCCCAUACAUUCGCACGCCGAUCGCAGCAGUUGUUAUCGUGCAGGAAAUGAUACCCCUCGCGGACCGCCAGGAAUUGGCUCAGUGUCUGCCGGUCGUGCUCGCCUUCACCAGUGCUGUGGCGUUCCUUGUCGCCCGAAGCCUGCAGCCAGAGGACAUCUGGGAUCAAAUUCUGGAGCAAGACGGGUGCAGCAAGGAGGAGCGCGAGCACCUUGACGUUCGCACGAAUGGCUACAACGAAGCGCGACUGGGCGACCUCGAACAGCGACUCCACCAGGAAGAACAUACGUUGAAUCACCGCAAAUUUUCCACGAGGCGGUCGACCGUCCAAUCCCACAGCCGGCAAACCGCCAUGGAUGUGAUUCACGACCAUCUUCUACACCCCCUUCCAGAACCACAUCAUGAGAGCGACCAGCACGCGGCUGACGCUGCGGCCAGCAGUCAAGCCGACAACAUCGUGGCUCCUGGUGACGUGGAACAGGGGCCGUCCUUCGUGCAGACGGCAGGACUCGGUAUCCACAGAAAAAAAACCAUCCACAUCCAUUUUUUGCAUGACAAGCACAUGAUUUGAUACGUGUUUUGCAUGACAAAUUGGAUGCGGAUGAGUCUUUUUCUGUGGAUACUCGGAGACGUCGGAACGACCGCCCUGCACCAGAGAAUGCCUCACACGUUUGGGAGAGAAAGUGAGCAUCUCUACGGCGAGGAAGGUGGAGCGGUGCACUGUGUCCUGCAUCGGGCGAAGCAGAAGAUCCUUCGACGCUUCGGGGUGCCGAUGCAUCAAGCUGCACUCAAGCUGGUGCCGCGGGACGAAGGAUCAGUAGUAAUGCCCGUGGACGACGAGGACGUGGAGGGGGACGAGUCCGCAACAAAUGGGGAUGAAGCACAGGAGGGCGACGUGCAGUGAGCAUAUUCUUCACCGUUCAGUCUCGUGGCUUCUGCUUCUGUCUCGUCAGGUAAAAAAAUAUGAGUUCUAACACGUCGACAAUGCUAGAGCUAAUCGUCACAUGUUGAUCUGUAGAUGUUGUACCAGUAGUACUUCAAGGAGCGCUGUAACAACACUGACUAGUACUUCACCUUGAGUACAACCAAAAUAAACAAAAUGAAAUUAAUACUAGAUGGCACUUUCGAAAUGAAAUACUUGUCCUCCGAGGACUUAAAUUAGAGUGCUUAAACUGCUAAUCGUUCAAGCAGCUUAGGCAGUUCCUGCCAAGUUAUUAAGGCAGAAAACCAUCGGAGAAAUUGCACGGCGGGACAACAAACUUUUAGCAUGACUCUUCUGGUCUAACUGGAGCAGAUUCAUGGCUCAGGCUACAACUGGAGGUACGCAGACGCACUAUGUAUUAUGCUCUAUCAGGUAGACCAGCCUAGCCCUAGGCGCAGCUAAGUAGUAAGUCAGAAAACUCUGCGUGAACGCCACCAGGAUGGAUAAUGUAGUACAAAAAUCUAAAGCGACAAGCCAGACGCUUAUGGAAUCCUAGAUUUAAUUUUAAGCUCUCUUCAUCGUAAUUUCCGAUUUUCGUUGUAGAUGUAGUUUCAAUACCUGUAGUUUCUGUUGUUUUCACUUUUCUGUUUACGUGUGUACACUGACUGUAGGAUGGACAAGCACAACCCGACUGUAUGAUGUAACUGUACAAAUCAAUGUGAAUUUGGUCGCACUCGAAGACUAUGACUAACUCUAACUUGUUUAACUUUAACAACUUACAAUAAUAUUUAUUGGUACUACGACCAUGAUCCACCGAGUUCUGAAGAUCUGUAAGAUGAGGCGCGCAGCUUGGUGUACGGGACGAAGAACGAAGGGAAAAAA